GAUCGUUUCCAGGAGUUCCGAUGCGACGCGGGUAGUCCGUGUCUGCAGGGAGGUAUACAUACCAACUCAGACGAUGAUCCACCACGGGACAAUGCGCAACCGACCCAGCACCAAGAUCCUUGAAAGGUACAUCACGGCACGUUCGGGAAAACCUGGUUGAUGGCUCGCCCGAUAUUGAAAAAGCCACCACUAAAUUCUCUGCGUCAGGCAAGAGAUGUGCGAUACACAUUCGCCAGUAUCGCGCGUCUCUGCGCCGUCACGAGGAAACCUGCUUUUCACAUAGGACGGUCCAGAGCGAGAGGCGAUGGGUGGUUUCAUGCCGCAAUCGAUCCAGGGUCGUUGCCUGCGUUCCAUUUAGCGCUCGUUCCGCGGAGUGCGCAACGAGGGGAACACAGCGCACAGGACCCCAAUGCCAUCAGCCUGUUGAGCGAGCGCCUUUCCAGGACAACGCCACAGGGUUCAAAAACAUCAUCACAGACCUUCCAACAGGGAGAGACUCGGUGUCACCCAUCACCAUGGUCAGUGGUCGUUUGGAGAAACGAACCGCUGAACCCGAGAGCACUUCGUCGACCAAGAGGGUGUGCGGUGGAUGCUGGUGGAUGCAAACGGCCAAGCACACCACCAGCACCAGCACCGGAUGGAAGAGAGAAAAGUGCAGUCUGGUACCCAACGCGUUCGAUUCACGGUCGCAGACCCGACCAUCUCUUCCACCCGAGACAGCCGCGCUUUUCUAGAAGAGAUUCUCGACGGCCCUGCGAUCCCGUCGUUCGACGGACAACGGCCUGCUAGGCUGGCUGAGAAUCUCCCAGGGGAAAACAGCGAGACACUAAAAGGUUUCAGAGCACUCAGGGCAGAGAGGAUUGGUUAUCACUGCACAAGCAACGGUCUCUCCUUACCAUGAUCGCGCGUGGCCCUCCUCGACGCCACCCAGCACGAGACAAAACAUGAGUCGCCAAAAGAACGAAAUGGAACGCCCGUAUGGGGCCUUUCGCAACCGAGGCCGACUCAGCCCUUUCUCCUCCCUUCCAGAAUGUCUCGCCCUGUAUGUAUCGUCU